GCAACUUCCUAUUUGGAUGUCCUUAGGUCAAAACUUUGUCAAAAACUUGUAGUGUUUGUUAAGUUUUUUCUUCAUGGUUAUAUAUCACUUACGAGGUUCUAUGUAAAGUGCUUGCCAGAGCUGCACAGCCAUGUCAACGGAGAGUGUACAGGGCAGUAGCAAUAGUGCCCAGACCUCUGGCAUGGACACUGGGGAGGAGACCAUGCCCCAGAAGUCCCCUAGGCAAGACUCAGAUGGGGAGACAAAGAUCAAAGCUGAUGCCGAGGAACAUGAGAAGUCCCCCCCACGAAGCCCGGGUUCCAGGUCUUCUGGUUCAAGACCUGCUGAUGGCAGGAGCUCCAAGAACUCUCCUGAGAGAAAGUCCCAGAGCGGGUCAAGGCCAGAAUCAUUGGAGCGCAGCAGCAGUGGGAGCCGUCCAAAGAGCACUGCCAGCGAUGAAAAGAUUGAAGUGAAAACGAAAAAGAAGUUGAAACCGACGGAGCUUGAUCCAGACGGCCAUGAGGUGACCUUCACUGUCACCAUCUCUAUUGCAGUACCUACAGGUUUUCAGCAGGAGCCCCUGCACCCCAAGACGAACUAUGACGCCCUGCUGUACAGGAGACUAGAAGAUAGCAUUGAUUUCCUGCCCACAGUUGAUGAUGAGGAUCAGCCAGACAUAAAUGACCUUGUUAAGAGAAAGAAGCGUGUAUUUGAGGCUCCGCGAGCCCAAAACUACUACCACCUUGAGUACUACCUGGUGCCUGGGCCAGACGAGGUGAUGAAAACAGAUGUGGUCACAUACGGACCUGGGGCCAAGAUCUAUAUGGAACGACAUGACCCGUUUAUUAAGAAGACAUGGCACGAGGGCGACGUCACAUGGAUUGCCUGGACACAGAAGCACAAGCUGUAUAUAACGAAGGACCUGCUGCUGAAGCUGCACACACACACACUGGAGCUCCGAUUGUGGGACACUAAGGACAAGAUCGGCAUGCGGGCCAAGUUUGAUAGGCCUAAACUCUUCAAGCUGCCUUCCCUUAAACAAGGUGAGGAGCUUGAAGACCUGGGUGGGGUCAAGACCACUGUGUUGAAGCAGUCCCAGAGCUUCACGGAUCUCCAGCCAAAGAAGGCCUGUGAGAUUCGUCCACUCCCCAAGGAGAUAACCUUUCAGAAACAGGAGCCCCCAGGACACAAGAAGAGGGAGGCGACACCUGGAGCUGAGAAGUCUAUAUCUGGAGCAAGUGUCGACAAAUCAGGGGCCGGGGCCACCACCUCUCCCACCCCCCAUACACUGGUGGGCGUCCCCAAGAGGAGUGAUGACUUUGAUGGACGGUCCUCGUUCAGUCGUCUGGGUCGGCUAGCUGACCAAGAGGAUGCACCCACUGGACACGAGUCUAGGGCAAGCAAGUUGAGUUCCCGGAAGUCGCGCACCACUUCCCAGGCCUCCAAGUCCCGGGUGGACCUUGCUAGCAGUCCCGCUAGACCAGGGGCCAAGUCUGCUGGAUCAUCUGGCUCAAGCAAGGCAAUUCAGGCAUCCCACCAAAGCUCAAACGCUCCCCGUCGCAGAAAUAGAAAGGCGGAGCAAGCUGCACAGACCGCAGCUGAGCACAUUAAAAAACAUGGCAUCUGUAUGAUACCAAUCCGGAUGGCUGUUCUUUUUUCAGGCCUAGAAAGUGUCACUAACAGACUAGAGACCCCGAUACCUGGGGUGGAAGAUGUGUUUGUGACCCUGCAGCUCAACAAGCCGCUUCUCAACGAUAAACAGAAGCAGGAGCUCAACCCCAUGAUCAUCAAGAUCCACUCAGCCACCAACAUGCCGUCUACACCUCUCUCACAUCAACAGCUCAAAGAUAGGUGUAUGCCGACCUUCUGCCGCUACUCAUUCUUCAAUCUGCCUUCCCAUGUGACAUUAAAGCGCUCCCACACCCCCAAUGUGUACUGGGACGACAUUAACGUCAUACUUGCAGGCACAUUUGAGCAGUCAGAGUUCCGCCAGUACCUGAAUGGCCCACCACUGGAAAUCGAGGUGCAUGACAGGGACCGCAAGCUUGAGGAAGUUAAACUUAAGCCCACACUCUUCGGGGAUGACCUUGAGGAUGAGAAAAUCAGCAAUGUUGGCACUGUUGCUAGCCGACGUACUCUGCACAACCCUUUUAAAGACAAGUCAAAGAUCUGGGACCCUUAUGGAGUGGCAAAGGUUGACCUGUCUGACCUUCUGCUUGGGCACCGUUACCUGUAUAUCAAGGUUCCCGUGCACAGCUGCCCCCCACCAGACCUUCUUGGGCUCGGGGACUCAAGGAUGGGCGGGAAAAUGGUUGGCCUGGCAGGAGCUGUAGAUGGACCAGUUGACAGUCCUAUGCCCGGAGGUCACUACAUACAAACCAACACAAUGUUGAAGGUGAAGGUGGAGCUAGCCCAGCCUCUUGUAACACCGCAGGAGGUAGCCAACAAGGGGCACAUUGAAACCACAAAUGAGUGCCCAUUUUCGAGGAUAGUAUUCAGGUUUGGCUACAAGAACACUGUGAUGUUAAAUGAGCUGCAGAACCUGGUGACAAGGAUCAAUGCCCGAGCCCUUGAGCUAGAUGAUAUGCCUCAGCAUGUCAUAGAUGCUGCACUCUCCACCUACAAGCUCUCAGGAAUUCAGCAACAAAGUCGUACCCUGGACAUUGUGACAGGCUUCCAGGUACUGGAUGGGGAGAUGCAUCUGUUUGUCCUGGAGGGUCUCAGGGAGGGAGCUGUGAAAGAAGUCUGGGAGGCCCUUCCCCAGCCUGAAAACUCAGAUGUGACAGUGCUGUACCACAGCAACCUGUGUUUCAGCGAGCGUCUGUAUGGGCCUUUGGACGUUGACCUGUGUCGGGUCAAACUGCACGAACCCCUUGCACAGAUUGUAUCCCAGCCUCUCCUCUAUGUUAGAGACAUGGUCCCAAAACCAUGCUUUGAGGCACUCACAAAACUGUUUGAGAUGUCUAAGAUCAGGAAUAUCCGUGAUGCCGCACGUAGUGUGUUGUUCCCCAGUGCUGACAUGGUUGUCUCCAUGAGUAAGGAGUUUGGGGUACCUUUCACCACAGAGGACUUCGAAGAUCUACUAGUGAAGGAGGAGAGGUCAUACCGUGCGGAGGUAACCACAGCGACACAUGAGCAGUCAUUCUUGCGUGAGUCCAGCCACUUCUGGGAGCCAAUUGACAACCAGAACUUCUCGUACAUGGAGCGACUAGUGGACAGGGAGAAACAGGCCUCAUCGAAAGACUUCCUCAAAGAACACAAGCGUGAAUUGAAGAAGGCAAGCCAGAUGAAUCGUAAGGAGCGCGAGCUCACCAAGCCGGCUACAGUGAAGAUGGACGUGGCUGUGGCUCACAAUUACAGCUCUCAGUCCCUCAACUCUACUGAGAUGGCCAAGGAAAAACUUAGACAGAUGCUUGCUAAGGACCCUGACACGAGGUACACAUACUGCCAGGAGUACCUGCACUCGAUGACAGUGGUCCCUGUCAAUGUGGAGGCUCUCAAGAAACAGGAGAAGGCUGAGUCAGAGGCCCAGUGGAAGACAGAGGAUGGCUUUGUGUACCCAGGAGUGAAGACCACACUCGAGGCCAACCAACAUCCCAAGAAGCCCCACACUGCCAGGAUCGAUGAACUUGAGGAGCAAUGGCGGGAAAAUAUGCUGCACGUGGGACUACUGCAGCCUCCACUGGAGCGAGACCGAUUUACCUGGGAAUUACGGGACCGUGACCUUGAACUCUACCAGAAACCGGUGGUGAACUUUGGAGUACCGGAACCAAACACGAUACACUUGGCUGGAGAGAAACUUCGCCAGGAGAAACUUGCUGCUCUACGAAGAGAUAAGGAAGAAUGGAAAUCCAAGGUCAUUGUGGAGGACACCAGGCAGUAUUUCCACAGGUGCUUGACAGAGACAGAGCUAAGUGCCCAGGGACGCAAGGCAAGCAACCAGCUGUCCCGACUCCAGGGCCUACUGAAGGACCACCCUCAAAAACUCUCACUGCGUAGGCCUGGCAUGCACCUGCGGAACAUACCCCCUCUCAAUGUUGUCCUCAACCCUAGUGUGGACACAGAUGUCCGGGCGACUGGGGUGGUUCCUGAACCCGCGGUGGAGGGGGAGGGGGAAGAGAGAAACUCUGGCUUCAAGCCUGGACCUUUCCCCGACAGCAGCUGGGUGGUAGAGCAUAACAAAAUACCUGCUGUAGACUAUGAGCAUGACAAGUUUGAUAGGAUCAAGGGCAGAGACUUCAAUGUAUACCACAAGUCACGACAGAGGAUAUGGCGUCAGCCAAUCCUUCCAUUGACGGAUGAGGAGAGGGACAACCACCUGUUCCGUAUCCCUGAUGACCCAAAACGGUUCCGUAUCCUGCCCACCCUGUCACUCGGAGACCGAGCCCUUACCCAGCCCCAGAUCUCCACACUGACUGCCCUUCCAUCGCGUACUGACCCAGAACACUCUAGGCUGACAGUCCCAUCGUCCUACAAUGAUCCAACUCUACGGAUGACCUCUGAACCAACAGGCUUGUUGAGUAACCAGCAGACUGCCGUCAGUCCGGCCAUGAACACCCAGAGAACUCUAGAAGUGGCCUAAUAGCUUAAUGUUAUUUGAUAGUUAUUGUAUGACUGAAUAGAAACUGUAUGAAUGAGUGAGAGAAUAUUUGCUUAAUUUAAACAAAAUUGUUAUAGAGAGGUAAGAAAUAUGUUAUGCCAUUAUCUGUGAUAUAUGUUAUAUAUAAGUAUUGUGCACAUUCACUUGUUGUGUCUCCAUGAGCACCAAAUAAAGUGGUCCCACUGCUGAUAACUAGUAUUUAACCAUGUUUGUAUAUUGUACAUGUAGUAUUAACCUUGUGACAGUAUUUAGCUGUGUAUGUAUGUAUACAAGUUCAUUUCACAGUUGUAAUCAUUUUAGACGUAUUUCCUCAUAAUUUUUAUUCCUCAGUAUCCAAUACAAUCAGUUAAGAAAAUAACAAUCUAACUGUUGCAUGUACCACAAUUUUAAGCCUGAUUGUAUUCCAUUCCUUAUUAUAUUUUAUAUAAAGUUUUAUUGGAAGAACUUGCUUUUUAUAUAAGUUGUGAGUGCUUCAUUUUACAAAGGUACUUAUUGACAGUAUGUUUUUAUAAAGUCAGUAAAAUGAAUGUAGCCUUUACUUAACAUCUGUUAUUACUGAUGGAAGUAGUUCACUGCUGAUAAGCCCAGUAUUGGCUCCUAUGUUUUGAUAAGUGCAUCACUUGGUUUACUAGAGGUCAGCUGAUUAUUACAGCUGUGAAGUUUUAUUCAGUACCAUGUGGUAUGGAUAAAUAUUAGUUAUUAUUAAAAGAUAUAUACAUGUUACAAAAUUAUUUUAUUAAGUCUUCAUGAACAUUAAUUUCUUGGUUUGCAAUUGUAUUUCGAAGUUGAUAUUGUACAACUUUUAUGUUUUCAUCAAGACUUUUAAAAUUGUUAUCCAGGAAUAAAUACAUUUGAAUAUAGAGGUGUUCUUUAAGCAAUAAAUAAUGAUAAUGUGAUAAAACAUGUGUGCAUUGAAUUGGCGUGUACUAGAACUGGAACCAGGCAUUUAUGGAUCCCUGUUUUACCAUUUACAGUUAUUUUUUGUUUGAUAUUCUUUUGUGUUUGAAGCAAUCUUUUUUGUUUAUAUAUAUUUACAUUGUGCAUUUUACGUGUCCGUCCUGCUUUUAUUCAGAACAAUAACACUCUGUGAUAAUUUCUAGUAUCUUGGUCCUUGAGUCAUUUAUGUUUUCCACCAUCUGUCCGGAUAUACACUUAUUUCAUGUAAUGUUAUUCCUUUAUUUCAUUAGGAUUUAUUUACAUUGUCUUGUUGAACUGCUGAUUGAAAAUAAAAAUAAAAUGAAA